CCACCAACGGGUACACGGGCACCAGCGGAACCUUGAACAACGGUUCUGUGAGCUCAGUUAAACGCCGACCGCCAGUGAAAGAGGAUUGUGUCAGUGCCUGUGAAAAUUGAAAACAGUUUUGAAAAAAGUGCAGUUGCCGUUUUGGAGUUUGCCACGACCUAGCGUGCUGGGUUCCCGGACCCGAGACUGCCACCAUGCCCAAGAUCUUCCUCAUUAAGAACAGGCUUCUUCAGCAACAGCUGAAGUUGCUCGAAGCGCAGAAGAACAGAGAGGAGUUGAGCCCUCCUUGCUCUCCGGAGCCGCUACCUCUCAUCGUCAACAGAUCAAACGAUGUCGGUGAUUCUGCUAAAACUGAUGAUGGCAAAGGAGAUGUUGUGGCAUCGACAUUGAAGCAGGAUUCAUCCGUCCCAAUACUAUCAACCACAGAUAUUAAGAAAGAGCCUCCAGAGCGACCAAAGACUCCACCUCGAAGAUUUAUCUCUUCGAUUCUCGGCGGGGACAUCCCGUACGGAAGCAGCAGAGGACACCACGUCCUUACGUCUGCUGAGAAAAAAGAGUAUGUUGUAUGUGACAAGCCGGAGGAACCGAAGACCGCCCCGAAAUGCCAGCAGGUCUCAGUGAUACAACGGACGCCCAGUGUCUCCGCCAAGCCGGAGAAUCUUAUGGUCAUGCAGGAGCCCGAACAGGAAGCUCCGAUUGACUACCACAUCCCAAAGAAAGACACUGAGAGAUUGGAUGAACUCAAAAAGGCCAAACUGGCUUUGGCUCUCAAGCGUGGUCACAUACUUAUAGCCGGGCGGAGGAUGCCGACGGCAGGUCAGAUACUUAUGGCGGCAGCCGGUCACAGCAGGGGCGGGGGAGGCGGCUCCCAUUCUGGAGGACAACAGAGUGGGAGUUCUUCUGGUGGUUCUAGAAACAGUUCCUCUGGGAAUUCGUAUACUCUCAGCGGUGGAGGAGGCUUAUCUUCAGGAGGUUCAGGGGGAGCAGUGGGUGGAACUGGAGGUGGUGGAGGUGGGCCGGGAAAAUCUAAUUACGGACCCAGUUCUCCCCCAACAGGCUCUUUGCCUCCUUUUUACGAAAGCCUCAAAGGUGGAGGAAUUCACAAUUUCCAACAGUACGGAUCGCAAUAUCAAAACCUCAUAACAGACGCCUUGCCGAUGGAUUGUGACACCGGACAAGACAACGCGAAUCCAAUUCAAAAUCCGUAUCCGCCUAACAGCGGUGAUGGUCCGCCUACAAAGCAGUAUUCCCUUCUUCAAAAUGUCUGCGCUACAUAUGGCAUAUGUGUUAAAGAAGAGGAUGAUCUAUCUUCAUAUGUCAAAGACCAAAACUUCCUCCAGUACGAUGAUGCUCUCAUGGUGGAUUCCGUCACAGGGGCUGUAGUCGACCCACUCCAAUUCACCGCUACAUUGACUUUCUCUAGCCCAGCAGAUCACACCGCCUUACUCGAAAGCCUCUCAGAUGCUGCAGACCUCUUCCUCAGAGAGCCUGGUGAAACGAUUCCCCCGCCGGUUGAACCACCAGUGAACCCAUUUCCAGAGCACAAAGUGAACAACAACAACAACAACAACUUCCAAGAGAACAAUUCAUCAAAUUGUCAUUUCCGUCUGCCACCUGGUUAUCAUGAAGCAUCCAAAGAAAGGCCAGAAGUUACUAUCACCGAGCGCAUGUCACAUGUACCUCUCCAAGUUCAAGUACCUUUACCAAAGCAACCAAAGUGGGAAAACAAUGUCAAUGGGCAGCAAGGAUCCCUCCUGUCCCCUGGACUGUCUUCACUUGAAUUGGAUUCAAGCACUUCAAUGUCUCUUCCUUCACCUACCAGCUGCUCCCUUGACGGGACCGGAUCAAUUUCACCUCCUCCAUCUUCUAGUAAUGGAACGGACAUCACAAGUAUACCUUCCCUCCAGGUCCGUGUUGGUGUUUUGCAACACAGGUCGUCACAACAGUAUGAGUGGCAAAAUGGUUUCAAAGGGAUCCCUUUAUCACCAGUGCCUAAUACUCACAACAACUACUUUGGCGCUGAUGACGAGGGGGUCAACAAGAAACCUGUUAAAGCACACAUGCAAAAUUGUGUGGCCAAGCUCGGUCUGCCAGGUGACACCGCCUUGGAAUUUGUCAACGGCGGUCAUGGAAUCAAGAACCCACUUGCAAACAAUGAAACACCGGCCAUCCCGAGGCCCGCCGAGGCGGAAAAAGACGACAAGACUUGCGUGAGCACAAACGGAAGGUUCACAUGUCACCUCUGUUCGAAGAGUUUCAGCCUUCAGCGCCUCCUCAACAGGCACAUGAAAUGCCACUCGGACGUCAAACGAUACCUCUGCACAUUCUGCGGAAAAGGAUUCAACGACACAUUUGACCUUAAACGACACACAAGAACUCAUACAGGUGUGAGGCCAUACAAGUGCAACCUUUGUGAAAAAUCAUUCACCCAAAGGUGUUCCCUUGAAUCGCAUUGCUUGAAAGUUCACGGCGUUCAGCAUCAAUACGCCUACAAAGAGAGAAGGACAAAGAUGUACGUUUGUGAGGACUGCGGCCACACAACAAACGAGCCUGAAGUACACUACUUGCAUUUGAAAGACAAUCACCCUUACAGCCCAGCUCUUCUUAAAUUUUACGACAAGAGGCAUUUCAAAUUCACCAAUUCUAAUUUCGCCAAUAUGUUGCUUGUCCGUUCUUAAUUUUUUACGCACACAAAUUUAAAAUUCAAUUAAACUUCAUUUAUUCCAUUAUUAAGUAUUGAAUAAUUUCUACAAAUCAGAGAACACACAUUAACUUUUCUGUCCUUUUUUGUCUCUUUUUUUAAUUUUUUAAUGAACUCUUAUAAUAACUAAUUUCAUUGUUAAUUUUGCUUUUGUUUUAUAAUUGUAUAUUUUAUUCACUUUUUAUUUAUAUAAUUUUGUUAAAUGUAGUGAAGUCCAAAAGUUUUUCUACUAUCGAGGAAUGGGUUUUUUUGCCAGUGGCUCGAGUAGAAAUUUAUGGUUGUUUAUGUGUAAAAAAAAAUUGAUAGGGACAAAUUUUGGAUUUCGUAUUGUGCUUAUUGGGCAGAUAGAUAAUACAACACUUAAUGGAAUAUUAAGGAAAGUUUUAUUUUACAUUACUACAAAUUAAGAAUAAAGUGUUGCGUUAUUCUUCAUAUUUUUGUAUUAUUACUAUAAUUAUUUUAUUAUACUAUUAUUAACUAUUUAAACGUUAGGUACCUGUGAUAUGAAAUUAAUUUUUUAAAAAUAUUAUUUAAUCGAGUGCAAAUUAUGAAAGGGAAACUUUUUCAUGUAACUGAUUGGGAAAAAUGAAAACGGUUCGUCUUCAUUUCAGUUGUCAGUUUAUUUCCUUAAAAUCGACUGGUGGAAAUUGAAAAGCUUACGGGUGUAGCGUUGGGUGUUUGUUCACGACCUUUAUUUGUCACGUGUAAAUACUGUUUUAUUUUUUUACAACAAUCGUUUGUAUUCAAUUUUAUUCAGAAAAGAUAUUUACAUAUAAUUUUAUUAACAAGAGGUAUAUAUAAAAAAAGAAAAAAAAGUGAGCUGUUCACUUUUGUCAAGAUGUAGAUAGACACAAGUUUUUAAGAUACGAAAAAUUUUGUUUUUAUGUAUAACAAAAAACAGAUCUGUAUUAUUAGUUUUCAAGGGAAAAAAUUUAAAAGUUUUUUCACUAUUUAUUCAAUCUUUUAUUUGACUUCUUUUUAAAAUAUUUUUAACUAUGAUUGUUUCGACGUAAUCUCUUUAAUAGUAAGUCAUUAGUUUUCACAAUUGAGAAUUCACUAUAGAUACAAAAAGCCUUCGGCUGUUAACAUUGUAAAGCAUCACAAAGUUAAAUGUGUAAGGAAAGAACUCAUUUGUAUUGUACGCGGUGUCGGUAUACUGCGGUAAUUUCUUCUGUGCCCCUUUGAACUAACUGUCGAGGAAAUAGCGCAGAGUGGAUUUUUUUUUUUUUUUUAUUCUAUAAAUAUAUAAAUCUGUGCAAUAUUUAUUAAGAAAAGAUGAUGUUAGUAAAACGACAGAGCAUUUGCGACGGUCUUCGAUUUCGGUCAUGAGAAGAGACAUCCUUUCCUCAUGCUUUCUUGUUUUUCGCGACAUUCUUACUUGGCAGGGUAAUAGGGGAGGUGUUUUUAUAAUAAUUAAGCAUGACUGAAUUAACUUAAGAUUCAUUAAUUAAGUUUACAAAAAAAAAAAUAUUUCACAGAAUG